GGCGCCAAGUCAUUCUCCGUGAUUGACGACGCGCCUGAUACACUUGUCAAGCGUCUUUCCGUCUAUUGCCGCCUCCAAAUUAAACAUCGGGAACGAGGUCGCCUGCUCCGGCGAAAUAACGCACCCGUGACGCGGCGAGAAAUACCAGAACAGAGAAGCUCGCUGGAGCGCGAAAAGAGAAAAAAUAUAUACCCGUACGUGUGCGCGCGUGUGGGUCGUCGCGCGGCGCGCUCAGCCUAGUUUUCUUUCUUUCCUUGCAUUGGGGAGGACGGCUGAUUCUGACAGUUCCAUUACCGUAUCAAAGCUUGACCGGGGGCCGAUACACUCGACCACAGCGUUGCGAAGAAUUUUUCUCCUUUAAUGGAUUUUUUCCGAGGGAGCGAGCUGCUCGCCGUCUACAAUGCAACGUGCCAAGGCCAAGCGUUUUUCCGUUUUUCGCCGCCGUUCCGCCGGUUAAUUAGGCGGAAUGGCCUUAGCGCCGAUCGACCAGAGAAAGUCACUUUGACGUCAGCCCGAGCGUCGAUGGGUUUGUUUCGAGGGCUAUUGUACGCUCGCGCGCGAGCUACUUUCUUCUGCGUGCAGGCAAUUUUUCGAGCCGCGUGCGCGCGCGCGCGCAGCGUCUAAAUAUGCAAUUGGGCGAGAAAGCGAGCGCAGCGCACGCGAGACGUCGUGCGCAUUUCAUAUUCGCGGACAAUGAGGGAAACGAUGGAAAAACCAAUCGGACUGGUCGGCUUUGUUAAAUCGAUUUUCUAAUGAUACGUAGAAGAGCGGCGCAAGGUCUAGCGCGGGUAAGAGCCACUUUUGCGACGAGACGAAGACAGUUCGAUAAGAUUCGUCACAGCUGGGUCUAUUACUCUCGUUGACUCGCGGCUCCCUCCUGCAUUUCGCUCCAAUUGUCGGCUGGGCUCGUGCGAGGGAUUGCGCACGAGCUGGAAAAUGUGCGCCGAGCGAGCGAGUUGUCGCAACGUUAUCCGCGCACGCGACUCACGCGCGACGCGCAGCUCGCAACGACGUCGCCACCAAUUAAAAGAGAGCGGACACUAUUGCGAUUGCGAGCGCGCGUCCCCUUUUCGCGCCUGCGACGCUUACGGUGUUGUACACCGGCCGGCCCGGUAGACAUUGCCGCCAUGUCGAGGCCGCGGUUCGCGACCCGCCGUCAUUCGUCGAGCGAUUUUCCAAAGCUCGAUCGCGUCGAGUGACAGCCAAUCGUUCGUCGUCCAUUUGGUCAAGGUGCAACUGAUAAAUAAUGCAGAGCGCGAGCGGCGGGAUAUCCAUUGCGCCCGUGGAAAGAGCAGAAAGCGAUCUCGCGACGGAUUUUUGAGCGCGGUGACGACGCGCCUCUUUCCCAUGCCCGGCGCAACGAACGCGCUUUCUUCUUCGUUUCCACUAUGAAAACUUGGAAGCUCGCGCUCGAUCGGCGACCGCUCGCCGCCUCGAUCUCUCACGCCCGUUUCUGCGCGGCAACUUUCUCCUCUCGCGACGCACCAAAAAGAAAAGAAAGAGAUGGAAAAAGCAGCGGCGGUUUUGCGCGGAAAGUGACCGGCGCGCCGCCGGUCCAUUAUCACGUGGGCGGAAAAGUUUUUUUCUUUUCGCUCGGGACCGAUCGACGACGCGCGCCUCGUAUCUCUCAAACGUUAUCGCCUCCGCCCCGCACACACGCGUAACUGGGACAUUAGCGUUGCGCCAGCCGCGGCCGUACUAUGCGCGCGCUCCGCUCCGAUCAUUGUACGCUCAGCGAGCAUUUUACGCGCGAGAGGCGGGCGUUCGUUUCAAGGCCUCGAACCGCAUAGCUUGUCCGAACUUGCGCAAAUUCGUGUCUCGUUAAGAACCGAUAUCUCGAGGCGAACGCUGCGAUAUCGGAAAUAAACAAAACGAAAAAGACAAGAAACAAACGACAAUAAAAGGUGGGACUCCAUUUGGCUCUCGAACGGAUCGUUGCGUGCGAUUACAAGGCUCUUAGCGCCGUGUAAUCGCGCGGACGAAGAGCGAGAGCGGGUUCUCGUCCGCGUCACAGUUCGUGGUCGAUCGAAUUUUACGUAUUUAGCGAUUAGGAGUCACAGUACAAGCGACUAUUUGAAAGAAAAAGUGACUUCAUUACCUCUCGCAUAAGAGCGUUUACAAAGUCGAAGGACACUCGCUCGCAAGACUCUUCUCAGAAGCAUUUUCUCUCUUUCUCUCUCUCUCUCUCUCUCUCUCUCUCUCUCUCUCUCUCUCUCUCGGAAAUGACGCUGCGUUAUUUCUGCUGGAAGAGGAAAGAAAGUCGUCUCUAACGAAUAGAAUGCCCAAGUAGGUCCUCCAGAGUAACGAACGAACGGUCAGCCGUGAACAGGAGGGAAAUUAAGGCAUCGAGGCGGCUGGUUCGCCGCAAUAAUGUGACACUCGCUUCGCGAUUGGGAUUCGUCGAGUGCCUCCCCGAGAGAAAUGGAUAGUGGGCGUGUGCGUGUCAGUCAGUGACGAGCAGCGUGCGUGCGUGCGCGCACGCGCGCGAUAACAGUGCGACCCAGCGAAAGACGCGAUGUUCGGCGCUACAAUGGUGGAGCCGCAGCACUGCAGCUCGGCCAGCUCAUCCUCGUCCUCGCAGUCGUCCCAGCUGCACAACGGCAGCCGUCACCACCAUCACCACCAUCACCAGCACUACAGGCACCAGGUGAUCAAGACCACGCGAGUGCAUCAGAGCACUCGCACUACCAGGCACGUGGUCACCGUGCAAGAAAAGGUGGUCAGGUCGAGAUUGCAGCUCGGAUACUCAACGCCGACCAACUUCAUCAAUCGCUUCCCGCAGAAAAUGGACAGGCUGGGUGCGCCGUCGAAGAGCAGCGUGGGCAACGGUAGCAUCUACAGCAGCGGCGGCGGCGGCGGUCAGCCGGCGCUUUCGUCCUCUUACAUGACCGGCCAGUACAUGUACAGCCAGAAUUACGCGCAGUAUCCGGGGCCGGGCGCCCAGUACCUGCACCAGCCGAGCUACGCCCAGCCGCAGAGCUACGGCGCCGUGGUCCAGGGCUACGGCGGCCAGACCAUGGCCUCGUCGGCCCAUGCCUAUCCGCACAAGAAAGCCUCGGUGCGCAACGGCGACGUGAUGAAGAGGUGCCGGCUGCAGGCCGCGUACGAGUUGUCGCAGGAUCUGCUAGACAAGCAGAUCGAGAUGCUGGAGCGCAAGUACGGCGGCGUGAAGGCGCGCAACGCGGCGCUGACGAUACAGAGAGCCUUCCGACGCUACACUCUGCUGAAAAAGUUCGCCGCGAUCACGGCCAUGGCCAAAGCGGAAAAGCGACUGGGUCGCAAGCCACCGGAGGAAACCGAACGUCAGCAACAUCAUCAGCAGCAGCAGCAUCAGCACCAUCACCAUCAGCAGCAGCACCAGCACCAGCACCAGCAGCAACAGCAACACCACCACCACCACCAUCACCAUCAAGAUCAACGACUGGCGUACCAUCAGAAUCAGGUGUACGUGCAUCAUCAGCAGUCGUCGCCGGUCAAUCGGCCGACGCCGAUUCGCAGCAUGUCGCUGCGCGAGAGGCGUCACGGCGCGACGGUCGUCGUGGACGGCGGUGCCCACGGAUGCGCGUCGCCGAUGCCUCGCAGUCAGAGCUCGAGAUGCGAGAUUCAGAUCAACGCCCAACACCCGAAUCAGAUCACGAACCACGCGCUGGCGGCUCACCAGCUGGUGAAUCAUUCCGGCGCGGGCAGACACACUCCGACCCUGACGCCGAGUCCUUGCGGUAGGCAACAGCAACAACAGCAGCAGCAACCGCCGUCCAGUCCCUGUUGGGAAUCCAGUUCUCAGGAAAGCGGCGGUUCUAGUAUUCAUUAUUACAAUCCUCAGGAAGCGCUGUGCGGCCUUCGCCAAGACACACCACCGCGCGACACGCACCGCGUAACGCCGUGCACAUCGCCAUGCACACCAUUGAAUCUGCAGUCGCAGAUGCAGCAGCAGCAGAACUGGUCGAGCAGCGCGUCACAGCUGAGUACGUCGAGCGGCAGAUCAAUCGGCCGAGCGUCCACGGGUUCUUGCAGCAAGAAAGUGCCGCCGGAGGUACCGAAGCGCACCUCCUCCAUCAAUUCGCGUUCCGGAGAGCCGAGGCACAACGGCCUCAGCAAAAGCGUCGAGAACGGAAGUCUCAGCUCGGUGCAGAGCUCCGGCAGUGACUCCACCAAUUGCGAGAGCUCAGAAGGUGAUGCGCAGCGAGGCUCGCCGGUCUGGAAACACAAGGGAAUGUCGAGUUCGCCGGAACACCCGGAGAUGGUGCACGCAAAUGACAGCGGCUCUAUCUUGAACAGCGUGAAAGACAUGAACCACUCGCACGCAGCCUCGACUUAUCAACUGCCCAUGAUGGAUCACGCCGAAAGCAUAUCGCAGACGAGCUACAAGGUUUCAGAGACGGUGCGCAAGCGCCAAUAUCGCGUCGGUCUGAACUUGUUCAACAAGAAGCCCGAACGAGGCAUCAACUACCUCAUUCGCCGAGGCUUUCUCGAGAAUUCGCCCCAAGGCGUGGCGCGUUUCCUCAUCAGUCGCAAGGGCUUAUCCAAGCAAAUGAUUGGCGAGUACCUUGGCAAUCUGCAGAACCCUUUCAAUAUGGCUGUACUCGAGUGCUUCUCCCACGAGCUCGACUUGGCUGGUAUGCAGGUGGACGUGGCACUGAGAAAGUUCCAAGCCUACUUCCGUAUGCCAGGCGAGGCACAAAAAAUCGAGCGACUGAUGGAGGUGUUCAGUCAGCGAUACUGCCAGUGCAACCCUGAUGUGAUCGCGAGACUACGCUCGCCCGAUACCGUCUUCGUACUCGCGUUCGCCAUCAUCAUGCUCAAUACUGAUCUACACACACCGAAUCUCAAACCUGAGCGUCGAAUGAGGAUCGAAGAUUUUAUCAAGAACUUGCGAGGAAUCGAUGACUGCGGCGACAUCGACAAAGACAUGCUUGUCGGCAUUUACGAGAGAGUUAAGGCGAAUGAAUUCAAACCCGGUUCCGAUCACGUGACGCAGGUGAUGAAAGUGCAAGCCACGAUAGUUGGGAAAAAGCCCAACAUGGCUCUACCGCAUCGUCGAUUAGUUUGCUACUGUCGACUCUACGAGAUACCCGACAUUACUAAAAAGGAGAGACCCGGAGUCCAUCAGAGAGAAGUUUUUCUGUUUAACGACCUACUCGUCGUCACGAAAAUACUGAGCAAGAAGAAAAGCAGCGUUACAUAUACCUUCAGGCAAAGUUUUCCACUGUGUGGAAUGGUUGUCACGCUCUUUGAAGUUUCCCAUUAUCCAUACGGUAUACGACUCUCGCAGCGUGUCGACAAUAAAAUACUAGUCACAUUCAACGCGCGCAACGAGCACGAUCGCUGCAAAUUCGUGGAGGACUUGAGGGAGUCGAUUAGCGAGAUGGAUGAGAUGGAGACGCUCAGAAUAGAGACCGAACUGGAAAGACAAAAGAGUAGCCGUGGAGCGCGCAGCAGUGCCGAGAAUCGUGAUUCCGGUGUAGCGGACGUCGAAGUCUGCCCUUGUCCCGGUCCCUGCUCCGAAAGAUCCGAAGCGGUAGACAUAGACUCGCAGCUCAAGCGAUCAGCCUUGAGCAACUCUCUACUCGACAUACAUGAACAAUUUGCUGGCGAGAAACCACAACGGCGUGGCAGUGUCGGCUCUUUAGACAGUGGAAAUCUCUUCAACAAGCGCGAGCGUAAGCUUUCACACUCGGAAGAUUCGGUGACUAUGAACUCGGCCACUGCAGCGGUUCAGGUUCCGUAUGGACGCACUACGGAAGUGUAAAAAAUCUGCUCUGUCCUUUCCUAUCAUCUGCCAACUCUUCUGCGUUUAUCCUACUUCGGGUGUCGCGUUCUGUACAUUUUCUUUUUCAUUUUGCUCGCCAUGGCAGAUUCAGAGUUCUGAAGGAAAUAAUCGCUGUGAAUAUUUAUCAGGCUAUUUCUCGCGCGUGCAAGAUAGAGCAAUCAUUUCUAGUCAUAAUUGUUAUCAGCAUCCUCAUCUUGCGCGACUUGUCUCAUACUUAUUAUUCUAUAAUUUACUUUUUUGGUUUUUUUUUUCAAACACUUUCAUGACCACUCGUCAUUAUUCUCUUACAAUACUUUAAUAUAUUACGUAUGAACUUAAAGUAGUAGGAAAGGUGGAAUAACGAUACGAGAGAUUGUAAUGAUCUGGCGGGAUCCGAUCAUUUUCUUUCUUCGAUUGUACAUUUUGCAUUAAGUUUUGUUCCUUGUGAUGUUUUUUUCUUUUCAGUUUAUGUCCGUUUAUUGUCUUUUGUGAAACUAUGUAAAUUAUUUAUGCAUGUACUGAAAGUUCGAGCAUUUUUGCACGUUAUUUAUAUAUAAAUCUAAAUGAACAUGAGAAUAUAACAUUCGAAGCAAUUUUAAUAAUAAAAGAAUGUGAAACAAUACAUUUAUAAGUAAUAAAUUUGUGAAGGGGAAGCUAACACCCCUUCAAAGAUCACAGCGAAUUGUCACUAGUUAGCUAAAAAUUAGGUUAAGACUAGUUAUUACAAUUGUACAUAAUAAAUUAAACGAAGAAGUGGUAUGGCGCAUGGUUUAUAUUGUGUAUAAUAAAAGUAUGGUAAUCAAAGUGAGAAACAAACUGUAAAGCGAUCGAUAAACAUCACAUUAAUAAUAAUAGACUUCGGAGUUGUCAACUCCGUAACUUUCCGUCUUCAGACGUAAGCUGUUCGAGUCACUGCGUUUAAUACAGUAUUAUGUAUAGGGAACGUCUAAAAUAUCUCGUUAUUUAUGGACCAUUAAUUUUUUUCUUUUUUUUGUAAUUUCGUAGAAUUUGAGAAGGUAAUAGAUUUAGACAUUGUAAGUUGAACCUGCUUUACAGAAUGAGCCUACUUAUUUAUUAAGACUCAACAGCAUGUGUUACAACUGGAAUUGUCUACGAUGCAUAUCUCACAGUGGCAGAAAAGCGCAGGCGCUUUAACAUUAGAUUUGUCAACAGCAAUUGAGUGAAAUUAAAUGCAAAGUUGUCUGCAUGUUAUCUAGAAAGUCUCUGCCGUGAAAUAAGUAUCAUGUAUGACGUAUCUACAGCAUGUAAUUCAAAACCGAUUGUUUUGAAUUGUAACGAGAUUUCAUUGUAUUGUACAUAUAACUCAUUGUAAUACAAAAUAAUUCAAAACAAUAAAACUGAAAUACUUAAGAAACAUGCUUUUUUACUUGAUAACAAAAUCUAAUAAUAGAAAUUAAUACAUUUUCAAGUAUGUUCAACCACCAAACGCUACUUGAGAAAGCGCACUAUUGAAUGACUUGCGUCAAGUUCGCAAUAUCUAGUUUAAUUUCAAUAUUGUCAAUGCCUAAAAAUAUUAAUCAGUAAUUCGGCCACUACAAUAUAAUUGUGAGCGCCCUGUAAAGAAAUCAUGGCAUUGCGAUAUUGAAUCUAUAGUAUAGUGAGAAAUACGCAUAAAUGAUACCUGAAAACAAAAGCAAAAAUCCUAGUUAGUGUGAAAAAUUAAUAUGAAGUUAUCUUUCGAAUUGUUAAUUUGUCAGAUCAUUUAUUGAUUCAAUUAUAUCACGGAAAAUCAGUUAUUCGCUACUUUUGUUAUGCGUUGGAGAUUACUUAACCAUUUGCUAAACGAGAAUAUUGAUGCGAUCUUUACGAUAAUAUUAGUGACUGUUAAGACACUAAUAGAUAUAGCCGACUAUUGAGUCGAGGUUAAAAUAAAUUUGAUUUGAUAUUGGAGAUAAAUCGAUGUCAGCAGGUUCGAAGGAUAUAAGAUAGCACGAGGCCAUCAGAAUUAUUCACAUCAGAUAUGUUAGAACCUCGGUGAUCGUGAUUGAAUAACUAUGAGCAAACGAAGCUAUUUAUUAGCAAUCCAUGCAUUUAUGAUAGUACCCAUUUCAUUUGACGAACUUGAUGCAAAAGUCAAGAGGCCCACUAGGCUUAAUGGUAGCUGCAUCUUCGUAUCUGAAUAUUACCUGGUGAUGUAUCUUCUUACACUCGCCCAGCGCUAACGACCAGCACUGGAUGCUUAACCACUUUUAUUAUAUCAACGAUCACUUUAAACUGUGGCAAAAUCAAUUUCUCGCGUUCUCUGAAAUCAGACGUUAUAUUUUUCAUGAAGAAUGCCAUAGUAGCUAUUUGACGAUAUACUUUUUUCACAUGAGAAACAGUGCAAGAAAUAAUAAUUGAUUGAGUAUUGUUUCUUCAAAAUGCAAGAUCAUCGGUCAUGAUUAGUCCUGGUUGAUUCAUUGGUAACGUUCCUUCAAGUGAUUUUGAUCUUUGUGUAUGAUUGAUAUUUUCUAGCAUCAAAAAUAACCAUAAGUUGGCAUUGAGCAAGUUCCAACAUAAUACUAACGUAAUAAACAUCAUUAUAUGCAAAUAGCAGCGUUAUCAAGAAGCACAAUUACGAAUUAAAUUAGUUUUAGCG